GAGGUGGCGGUGACGCACCGGAAGGGUUCUUCCAACCGCCAAGUGGCUGAGAAGGAGCUUCUCGCACAUGCGCAGUACAAACCUACAGUGGCACGAUCUUAACGUUGUUGUGUCGAUAAUAAGGAAGGAUUUACUUGGGAUACCUGUCCACUGCUGACUGGGCAACAACCGGGUGUGUGUGUGUGUGUGAGCUCAACUCGUUGCAAAGAUGGAUUUCCAGCAUCGAGCUGGAGGAAAGACGGGGAGCGGUGGAGUGGCAUCCUCCUCUGAGAGUAACCGUGAUAGGCGAGAACGGUUACGUCAGCUGGCGCUGGAGACAAUUGACAUCAACAAAGACCCCUACUUUAUGAAAAAUCAUUUAGGAUCAUACGAGUGCAAACUUUGCUUGACACUUCAUAACAAUGAGGGCAGCUACUUGGCUCACACACAAGGAAAAAAACAUCAGACCAACUUAGCGCGGAGAGCAGCCAAAGAGGCAAAAGAAGCACCUGCCCAGCCGGCUCCAGCAAAAGUAAAAGUUGAGGUCAAGAAGUUUGUUAAAAUUGGCCGACCAGGAUACAAAGUAACUAAACAGAGGGAUCCAGAGACUGGACAGCAGUCCUUACUUUUCCAGAUCGACUAUCCAGAGAUCGCUGAAGGAAUCGGACCCCGGCAUCGCUUCAUGUCCGCUUACGAACAGCGCAUCGAGCCCCCCGAUCGCCGCUGGCAGUACCUGCUUCUGGCUGCUGAACCUUAUGAGACUAUUGCCUUUAAGGUCCCGAGUAGAGAAAUUGAUAAGGCAGAAAACCGCUUCUGGACCCACUGGAACAGGGAAACUAAACAGUUUUUCCUACAGUUUCACUUUAAAAUGGAGAAAGCUGUUCCCCAGUCCAGUGGACCCCCACCUCCUGCAGGUGUGAAGCGCCCCCCUCCUCUCAUGAGUGGAGUUGGACAUCGGCCAAAUGAGUCCAUGCCGCCUCCCCCGCCAGGAGGGAUGCCCCCUCUCCCACCUGGCGCUCCGGGAACCCCCCACAUGCCUCCUCAGAUGCCCAUGCCUCCCAUGCCAAUGAGGCCCCCUCCUCCUGAGGGCCUUAUGUCUAAUAAUUGAUCCCCUCCCAGUGAAUCAUGAUUGCUUUCUGUCCGUGUUUUUAAUGAUGUCUAAAGUCUACUAGAUUUUUAUACAUUCAUUUGGUUUGUGUGAGCGUGUAGGGAAGCCUAUGCGACCACAGCGUUUUGUAUGAAUGCUUUGUUUCUGGAUUGGAGCUAUGAUUUCAAAAUGGCAAAAUCAUUUAGGAUUCUGUUUUUGUAAUAAAAUUCUGUUGAAAAAAAG